CUGUGCCGUGGCAGACGUAAAGUGACAUAAAUAUUCGGGUGUCGUUUCUUUGUUUUUGCCGGUGUUUUAUUGUUUUCGCACAGAUUUACAUUAUUAUUAAAUAAAUGGCAAACAGAAGUUGGAGCAAUCAAAGUCACGACUGGGAUCCGAUGAGAGAUGACUACAAUAAUUCAACAUUUGACCCACAAUAUCCUGAUGAUAAUGCUGGUGGUGGCGUACAAUUAGAUCAAUCUCGAUUAUACAUUACAAAUAUACCGAAGAAUUUAAAUGAAGAUGGAAUGCGUACCGUAUUUGCUAAAUACGGUACACUGAAAGAAAUAUUCCUAAGCCGUGAUCAGAAUAAGCGGUACGGUUUGAUCAAGUAUGAAACACCUGGAGAAGCCAAGCUUGCAAUGAUGAAACUGAACAGGACUGAACCACUGAGACUGGUUAUAAACAUAGCACAUAAGCAUAAGAAGUCUAAUAUGAACGAAACUAGAGACCGUGGUAGCAAUCAUAUGUCACAGAUGUCCAGAGAUGAAACAUCUAGUAUUUGCAGCAGGGGACGGAAUAGUCGGAAGAUGGAUGAUACUCCACUAUCUAUAAACAGUGAGGGAGACAUUGAUGAUUUGAUGGUUGAAGAUGAAUUGGGUCUGGUGAACAGCUCGGACCCUGAUCUACAUCUAGAGCUAGUUCAGCUGAAGAUGGAGCGCAUCAAACUGCAAGAGGAGAAGCUUGAGUGCAAAAGGAUGAUGAUCCUCAACCGAGCUGGAAGAAAGUCGGUACCGUUGAGUUCUAAAAAUAGGAGUGUACUGCCCGAUGGAAGGAUUGUUGUGAGAACUGUUAAUGAUAGAUUUCGUUUUGGAUAUUGUAGACCCAAUGAUGUAACUGAUUCGGAGAGUUUUGGAGUUGGCAGUGGAGAUGCGAAUACGAAACGUUGCCGCGUACAAUCUUGGGUAAGGACGAGCUCCGAAGACAGAUCCUCGACCUCCACUUGUGUCCACUUCGAAGAACAAGAUAAAUCUGAUGUUACAAGUAAAGUAACAGAUAUUUCUAAAGUUAAUUCUAAAUCAAAGACUAUAGAAGUAAGACAUGAUGUAAAAGGUGUUGAUUCUAGUAAAACUGAUUUUUCUAAUGAUAAAGAUAGUGAUAGUGGAACAUUGUAUGAAUUUAAAUUUAGUGAUUUUACUAGUGACAGUGAAGAUAAUGACGAAACUAAACGAUUGAUACAGUUACGUAAUAUAGAUUAUUUAGAUGUUGUUGAUGAGAAAUUGAAGGUAGUUAUAGUUUUGAAUGGAUAUCCAAAAUCGAAAAUGAGAUUGAAAGAGAUGGAGAAAUUUCAAAGUGCAUUAACUGCUAUAAUUGAUAUGCAAUUAAAAGCUGGUUUGCUUAAAAAAGUACCAACAUUUCAUGAUUAUUAUUUAAAUAGAGGUGCUAUUGUUUGUGUUUGUCGUGAUCCGGAUACUAGAGAUUGGAUUGUACGUAUCACAGUUGGUCUUGAAGAACGAAUGAAUGAUAAAUUAAUUUUAUUAAGUUCUAAAAUUAAAAGAAUAUGUCUUGGCUUACUGAAAAUACCACAAUCGUCUUGGCCAGCGACAGCUAUAGAUGUGUUUAAGCUUUUACAGUACUUCAAUCCUACAUUAAAAACAGAUAUGUGGAAGAUAUAUGCACAAAAGAUUGUCGAUUGUGUUGAAUGUACUUCGUUUUUAAUUGAUAGGGUUUCAGGUGAAAUUAUACGAGGGCCGACAUUUAAAAAUGUUAUCGAUUAUAAUAAUAUGGAAUUUGAAUUGACAGGUUAUACUGAGAUUUAUUAUGAAAAUUUUAUGAAUGAUCUAAGAGAUGAUUUAAGUAGUGUAGCAUCUAGAGUUAAACUGUUAGAAGAAUUGAAAUCCGAUGAAAUUGCAAUGAACGAUCCUACGUAUAAUUUGAAAGCUAAUGUAACUAAAGAUGAUGAAUGGAAUGAAGCAAAAGUGAAUGAAACAUCAGAUAUUAAAAAAGAUUUAGUUAAUUCCGUUCAAAAAGAUAUAUUAAAAAAAUUAAAAGAUGUUGAAUAUAUAAAUGAACAGAAUGAAAUAAUCGUUUGGUCGGUUAAUACAAAUGAUACUGUUAGUAAUUCAGUUGAAAAGACACAAAUUAUCAAUAAUUCGCAUGUAAACGAUGAAAUUGAUUCAUUAGCUGAUUUCACAGAUAAAUGUGAUUCGAUAACACCUAGUAAUGAAAAUUUAAUUGAUAGACAUAGUACUAUAACUAUAGACAGUAACAGAGGUAUUGCAUACCAUAGACGAACAAAUUAUUUACAUGUAGAUGCUGAAUUAAAAGUAGCUAUUGCUUUAGAAGGUUAUCCACAGAAUAAAUUAGAAGGUACUCAUAUUAGAAGAUUGAAACGUCUUUUCAAAGAAUAUCUUAACAAAGAUGUUAAAAAUAAACGAUUCACUAAUUUAAUUGUACCUAAAUUUCAAGACGUUUUUCUUUCCAAUGGUGCUGUGAUUUAUAUAUGUGAUAGUUUAGAAACUAAAGACUAUUUAACUGAAGUUUUACCUAAAUUUAUUAACUCUACAAGUCUGAAAUUGAUCUUUAAAGAUAUUAAUGAUCUAGUACGUUAUACAAGAGUCGUUAUGAGACUGCCUAAAGAAAUAGCACAUUUAGAAUCUAAAGAAAUUAUAUCUAAAUUGGUUGAAAAAUAUCCAGGUUUGAAACCGGACUGUUGGAAAUAUUAUUCCGAUGUUGCUGGUAAACAGAAAAGACAAUUCGGUGUAGAUCCUGAAUCUAUUGAUAUAAUAAAAAAUCCCGAAUUUAAUUUUACGUAUGAUAGUGAGUUGAUUUCCUUUAGAAUUAUAGAUAGAAAGAGAAAGGAUGUUAGUGUUAAUGAAAUGGAUACAAAAUCGAAUGCAGCAGAUAGUCUUAAAACUGAGGGUAUUUGGGAAAAGCUAUCCAAAGAGAUGUACUGCCCUAUAGAUACAGAUAAAUUGAACACUACUCUUACAAAAAUAAGGACAAAUCAUUACUCUGAUAUUGUUGCAGAUGAUUUAAAAUUAUACGUAGGUCCAUUAAAUUAUCCUGAAACAAGGAUAGAUGAAGGAUUAUUCUUUAAAAUUAAAAAUGCCAUGAAUGCUAUAGUUUUGGAUUCAGUUAAAAUAGAAGUAAAUGCUUUCAUACCUAAGAUAAUUGAUAUAUAUCUAUUUGAUGGUGUUAUUUUUAUUAUAUGUAAAGAUUUUAAAACUAAACAAUGGAUUGAAGGAAAUAUAAAAGAAUUAAAUAAUAGAUUACAUAUGGAUUUGAAAUCGACAGAAUUUCGUGGUGCUGUUGGUAUUGUUAGUAUGAUGGUUGUUAAAACAGAUAAAGAUACAGAUGAAAUAAUUUCAAUAUUACAAGAACAGAAUCCAAGAUUACGUACUAAAUUUUGGAGGAAAAUCAGCAUAGUGAGAUCGAAGAAUAAAUUAGAUGUUGUACUACAAAUUGAUAAAUUAUCAGCACAGGUGAUUUCGGAUGUGAAUUUUAAUAAAUUUGUAUCUUCCAGUCCUGUAUUAUUCAAAUUAGGUCAUUUAAGAUCUUUAAUUAAACCUAAAACUAGUUUAGAAUACAUUGAAAAGAAACAUAAAGAUGUUAAAAACAUAAUAGAUUCGAACCUAGAUAAAGAGUCUGAUAAAAUAGAUGAUAAAUCUACAAAUAAAAUUGAUACGGAUUCAUAUACGGUUGAUAAAAAUGAAAGUUUUUGUAAAUUGACUUUGAAAGUACCAUCGAAAAUAUUGCCAGAUGAUAAAAAAGAUUUUAAUAUUAUAUUAGAUUUGCUGGAAGAUAAAAAUCCUGGUUUAAAUACGGAAUUAUGGCAGAUUUGUUACGAUACAAAUUAUCCUGGUAGAGGCAAAUUCUCAGUACUAGUUGACAAACAAUCAGCUUCAAUAAUAAAAAGUCAAUCAUUCGAUCCUACUUUAGGAGGUGAAAUGCUGAAAUUUGUUUUCUAG